AUGAUGCACAGAGGGUAUGGCGGAGACAGAAGAGGAUUUCGACCAUCGUUUAGAUCUGAUAGAAACAGCAGAUACGCGCCGCGGACAAGGCGGGAGCCACAGAGGUAUGAUCCCAUGCCCGAGCUUGCUCCUGUUGAGUUCCAGAAGAAUUUCUACCAGGAGGCAGAGUCGAUAAGCAGGAUGACGCCUUCUGAGGUUUCCUCGUUUAGGAAGACAAACGAGAUGAUAGUCAAGGGCACGAAUGUUCCGCAUCCGAUUCAGAAGUUUGAGGAGGCGGGGUUUUCAAGCGAGGUUGUCUCUUCGCUUGUGGAGAAGGGAUUCAGCGAGCCGACUGCCAUUCAGGGGCAGGGAUGGCCGAUGGCUCUGAGCGGAAGGGAUAUGGUUGGGAUUGCACAGACGGGGUCUGGAAAGACACUGAGUUUUAUUCUACCUGCGCUGGUGCAUGCAAAGGACCAGCAGCCCCUCAGAAGAGGAGACGGGCCUAUUGUGCUUGUGCUGGCGCCCACCAGGGAGCUUGUGAUGCAGAUCAAGAAGGUUGUGGACGAGUUCUGCGGGAUGUUCAAUCUGAGAAGCACUGCCGUGUAUGGAGGAGCGUCAUCGCAGCCACAGAUCAGGGCGCUGCACGAGGGUGCAGAGGUGGUUAUUGCAACCCCUGGGAGACUGAUUGAUCUCCACGACCAGGGACAUGCGCCGCUUAGCAGGGUGACAUUUCUUGUGCUUGACGAGGCCGAUCGGAUGCUUGACAUGGGCUUUGAGCCGCAGCUCCGGAAGAUUAUUCCAAAGACAAAUGCAAACAGGCAGACUCUGAUGUGGAGCGCAACAUGGCCUCGGGAGGUCCGAGGGCUGGCAGAGAGCUACAUGAAUGAAUACAUCCAGGUGGUUGUUGGGAACGAGGAGCUUAAGACAAACAGCAAGAUCAAACAGAUAGUCGAGGUGUGCAGCGGAAGAGAGAAAGAGGACAAGCUGAUUGGUGUUCUCGACAACUUCAAGGGGGACAAGGUCAUUGUGUUCUGCAACAUGAAGAGAACCUGCGACGACCUUGAGUAUGUGCUGAACAGGUCUGGGUAUGGGGCUGCAGCGCUUCAUGGAGACAAGUCGCAGAACAUCCGAGACAAGGUUCUCGACGACUUCAGAAGUGGAAGAAGGCCGAUACUGAUUGCCACGGAGGUUGCAGGAAGGGGACUUGACGUGAACGACGUCAAGCUUGUGAUCAACUUCGACUUUCCAGGAUCCUGCGAAGACUAUGUGCACAGGAUUGGAAGAACUGCAAGGGGAAACACCAAAGAAGGGAUAUCGCACACGUUCUUUACAGUCGGUGACAAGGCAAAUGCACGGGAGCUGAUCCGGAUGCUCAGGGAGGCCAACCAAACAGUCCCCUCUGAUCUUGAGGACAUGGUGAGGGUAUCAAACGAUAGAUAUGGGUCUAGAAGCACCAGACACGGAUACGACUACAGAGGAAGAGCUGGCCGAUUCCCUUACAGAGGAUGA